GUCAAUCUCACCUUGUCACAAAGGAGAAGUAAUGUCAAGAAGUUUUCUUGCUCUGCUGCUUUUCAUGUUUCUCACAAAAAUUUCAGUGAAUGGGCAACUAGAAGAAUGGUGCAUAGCAGAUGAACAGACACCAGAUACUGAGUUGCAAGUGGCUUUAGAUUGGGCAUGUGGGAAAGGAGGUGCAGAUUGUAGCAAGAUUCAAAAGGACCAGUCUUGUUAUUAUCCAAAUACUGUGAGAGAUCAUGCUUCUUAUGCCUUUAAUAAUUACUUUCAGAAGUACAAGAAGAAAGGUGGAACCUGUUUCUUCAACAAUGCUGCAAUGGUUAUUCAAGUUGAUCCUAGUCAUAAUUCUUGCCACUACGAGUACAUGCCCUAGUACUUUGUGUUUUUCAAUCUCUUAAACGCCAGGUUCAGGUUUUCAUCAUUUAUGCCAAGAAAGAUAAUCAUGGAGAUUAGACAACUGACUAUAUCCUGGAUUUGAGUAGUUGAAUUCAAUACGUUGUAGCAUUUUUGCAAUUAAAGAUUCAAGAUA